AUGUAUCCUAGUUUAUUUCCUGCCAGCAUCACUCAGUCUCAAUCUGCUUUUACCUUCAAUAUUCUAGAUAACUUCCUCAUAGAUGCUUUGGAGUACAAGACCUCAGCUAUGAGCUUUUAUCAAAAGCUAUGCUUACAUGAUAAAAAGGAUCAUUACUAUGAACUUAUGUGGGUGUCUCGUAUAUGGAGGGAUUUGGUCAAUGGAAUAAGGUUCGGCUUUGCACAUGAGUCAGACAGAUCUCCUGGUCCAGGGGAUUUAGCUCUUUAUUGUCCAGCAUAUUCCCAGCCUGGAAUAAACUUACCUUCUUCUUGGAAGGAUACCUAUGACAGUUGGUUGGUCAUGCAAAGAUAUGUUGUCGAUGGAAAUUUUACAGCUCAACAUAUGAAGAUAAAGACCCCAGAAGAUGAUGUUUCACUAGCAGACGGAAAGGGAUAUAUGGUGACAGAAGGACCUUAUCAAAGUCACAUAAUAGAAUCUGUGGAAGAGAAAGAGAAAUCAUCUUGCAGCAAUCACCAUGCUGUGAAUGCAGCAAAUAUCCAGAGAAGCAACCUAAGAGCUACGGGAGUUGGGGCAAUAGCAUGUGCUAGGCAUGGAUGUUUUGUUCCCCAUGCAGUGGUUGACUUCCAAAAGGGAGAGAGAUAUGUGGUUACAUUGUUGUAUUAUGACCUCAGGCUGACUACUGGAGUAUUCACUUCAAUGAACAGAUUCAGCCUCAAUUUUAUUACAGGAGCUGGUCAUAUUGAUGGGGAAAUCUUGGAGACCCUCUGGGUCCCAUUUAACAAGAUUUCCCCAACUGCAAGAUCCAUGACUCUCUCUCACAGACAGGAAGUCUUGGAUGACCAUAUGAGGGAUUCUAAUUGGAAGAAGCUUGUCAAAAUUGGCAAGUCCCCUCUCUUGACUUCUGAGAUGUCAACUUCGACUAAUGGAACACUUCAAAAGUCAAAUUAUUACUUAAAAAACACUCAGGGUCCAUACGAAGAAUUGAUGAAGUCUCUUAAUCAGGCCAAUGUCCAGAAAUGGAAGAAGGAAGCUGAACUAGCAGCUCUUGAUCGCAGUGAGCUUCUUGAUAUCUAUCAGCUUAAAAUAGAUAAAGAGGAUCCAACUGCUUCUCAGAGAACUCUCAUGGAAGAAAAAAGACAGAAGCUCUUGUCUUGUAUUAAUAAGUUCCACAAGACUGCGUUGGUUAUGACAAAUGGUAUGGAAUUCGAGGGGGAAGAGGGAUUGCACCAGGAUGACCCUGAACUGUGCCUGGGGGAGGCUGAUGGAUCUAAUUUUCCAGGAAUUGAAGAGCUGGGGGAAGAGAGUAUUUUGGACCUCGGAGAUGAUGCUGACUCACCUGCAGAGGUUGCUGAACUUUGGAUGCCAUCAUGGGGAACAUCUGAUCCGAUUAUGAAUGAUGUUGUCAUUCAAUUACGUCAAGAAGAACUGGAGCUUCAAAAGGCCCUAAAGGCUGAGGACCUUAUAGUAAGCAAAGAAGUCACUGAGGAAAAUAGGCAUGGUCAGGGUUCUGAUAGACUGGCUUGGUUUUGGAGAAUCAACAGUGCAGAGGACAGCCAGAAGAUUUAUCGAGUGAAUUGGUUGAAAGCAAAAGCACGAUAUGACCGUUGGAGUGAAGAGUUGAAGUUAGUACAGCAUGAAAUGUGUUGGACAGUACAGUGGUUUCAGAACCAGGAGUCAGAGUGGAGAGCAAGGGCAGAUGAAAGCAUCAAGAAUGGGCAUAGGGCAUAUGCUGAAAAGCAGGCUUCCAUGUGGGCUGAGUUUGCAGCUGAGGGCAUAAAGAGUUUUGAGGAAAAAUGGGGUAUGACAAGUUGA